AUGGGCCCCUUGCAACACCUCACCCGCCUGAAGCGGCUCCACCUCUCCCAAACUCAGGCCUCCGGCAAGCUGGGCAACCUGCAGGGUCUAACGAAACUCAGUGAGUUACACCUCUCUCACACCCAAAUCUCGGGGGACCUGGGACCCCUUCGGCGCUUGCGGAAGCUUCAGCAUCUGGACGUCUCCGACUCCCCCGUUGGGGGCGAGCUCAGUGCGCUCGUCAACCUGACGGGCCUGGCAACCGCCGACCUAAGCCACACCCGCAUCACCGGCUGGUUUUCUGCGAAUAUCUGGAAAGGCUGCUGCCAGCACUUGCGCACGCUCAACCUGGUAGCCAGCAGGGCAGGUGGCGAACUCCCAAAAGUCUUCUUCCCCUUGGAAGUCUCAGAGACCCAGCCGUUUCUCGGGAGCUUGCAAGAAUUGGAUGUAUCUGGAUGCGAGCUGCGCGGAACUGUAACCGAUUUCAUGCUUGCACUCGCGGCAACACCACUGGUCAAAGUGCGUGCGAGGGCCUGCGGCCUGCGUGGCGCAAUGCCGUGCCUGGAGAACUUGCCUGCCACAUUGAUCUUUAAUGAGACGAGGAAUGAGACGAGACCAAGUUGGGAUGCCACCCUGCUCGGGACUCUGCAGGCCAUGGACCUGUCAGAGAACAACCUCACCCGACUCGAGGAGUUGCCCGCGGCCUCACAAGUUCGCUUGCAGCGGAGCCCGGGUUCAGUGUUCAGGAGCUGCAUUUUCGGUUAA